UUCUGUUGUAGAGAAGUCAAUGGUAAUGUUUUCCACGCUUUUUUGCCCAAUUGUUGUGGUUGGGAUGCUGAAAGUGUUUGCCUUGGCUCCAGUUGUGGUGGGGAUCCAACCACUGCUUGCUUUGGUGCUUGAGGCAUUUCUUGUGGUAGCGAUGCUGACUUUUGCAUUGGCCGAAGAGGAACUUGUUGCAGUAAAGAUGUCCGUAGUUGACGUCUUGUCGGCGGGAAUGCUGGUAGUGCAUGCUUUGACUCUAGAGAAACUUGUUGUGGUGUUGAUGCUGGCAGUGUUUGCCUAGACUGGGGAGAAAUUUGUUGUACUGGGGAAGACUGCGACAUUUGCCUUGGUCGUACAGGACUUUGUUGUGAUGAAAUGGCCUGAGCAGUUUGUGUCUGUGAUGGUGACAGGCUGCUUGUUCUAGCUUUUCCAGAUGCAAUGUGUGCAUAUGAUGGCUGCCGCCGAGGAGAGGCAGUGACUGGGUCGGGAGGUUGCCAAGGAACAAGAGGACGGCUUGUAUCAACGGUCAAUGGUCGAAGUUCUUGUCGAGGAAUGACAGCA